GCUCGAGGUAGGAGCAGUAGGACGCGCGUGAGGAAAGAACCAUGCAUCGCUCCAACGUGGAUGAUGUCUGCGCUCGGUGCGCCGAGACCUUGCGCUGUUCACUACUCUUCGAGGACGAACACCACAGAAUUACACACAACGCUCUACACCUACCAUCAAGAUGAGCACGGCGACCAUUGAUCUGUGUCUACCGCUGGCCAAGUAUUCCUACGCAGAGAGUGAGACGGUCCACAGCUCAGUUCAAUGGACACACUACAGCGCAGCAGGCCUGUGUCUGCUAGUGCAAGGCACUGCGGGCGGUCAUGGCGAGCUCUCGUUGCACAUCGUAGAGCGAACUACCGUCAUGGAGAGUUUGGACAUUGCGCGCUACGUCGACCGCGCCAGCGACAUGCGGCAUUAUGCUCGACAAGCCGGUUCCGUCCUGAGGACCGAUCAGUUGCCCAUCUUCGCUAUCGCUAAGCAGCCUAAUGUCGCCUUGCGGCUCCAAUUGCAGACUGGCAGGACUCGACGCAUACAGCUCGGACUGUCGAGUGCGGUGCACCAUCAGCAGGUCGUUGAAGCACUCAGCCAUCGAGGCGUCGAGUUUCAGGAGGCACGUCCCGCAACCAGUGCUCAGAAUGCCGCUUCAGCGAUCCGUCCAGUGGCAAGGAAUAAUCAUCGAGAUAUCCCACUGCAAGCCCCAGCUGCGGCGAAUCACCAACAACCCACGCCGAGUCCUUUCCAUCCUCCAAGCGUGCGCAUUGGCAGCCUGGGCCAGCAUCCACAACAAGCGUCAGCUGGGCACAGGGAGGCACGAAUGGUGGCUCCACGAUUGAUUAGACCCUUAUCGGCUGCGAAUCAUGGUACUGCUGGGAGCACAAUAACAUCGCGGCCUCUCUCAGUGGCGGCAAUGAAUCCUGUUCCCGCCACUCGGGAUGGAAGGGAGCGAAGCAGGAGUCCCGAACGUGUUACCGCUUCUUCAUCUUCUGGCGCCUCUCAGCCUGGAGUAUCGUCGCUGCGGCCAGGUUUAGGUCAUUCUUCGUGUCCUACAUCAGCUCCCCUCGCCCAAGGAAGUGACCAGUCACCACCUUCUACCUCUCAUGAAAUGACACACGGCGCAACACGAAGCAGCUCACGCCCAAGCUCUGCACUAGACUUGCCACCACUACGGAUGCCUAGGCUAGUAGAAUCACGGCCAAACACGGCAGCGAACAUUGCAACAUCAGACACAACAGCUCGACCAAGCAUGGAUCGUUCCAAUGUCUACUCUGAACAAUCUGUCGCCAAAGACGCCACUUUGGUGGCACCGAAGCUCGCAGGCGGCAUGUCAGACAUCCAGUUCCGAUCGCCCCUGCCGCCCGCCAACCACAACCACAAAAGCCAGCCCACACCCGCCGAGACAAGCCUCAACGUUCAUGCUAGCAAAGGCAUUGCCCGUCUGAGCAGUCUGAUGGAUGCGCCUCACGAGAUCGAGGAACCUCUGGAAUCAUCGGUCGUGCCGCAGCAUGCAGAAUUGCCUGUAGUCCGUGCAAGUGGGCAACCGCGGGGUCAAGAACUCUCCCUGGCCACGUACGAGGCACAGUGCGUGCAAGAUCGACAAGCCGCUCUCGACCAAUUCAUGAUGGACGUUCUCGAUGAUCCCAAGUUCGAAACGCUUUGUGCAGACGUGGAGAAUUGCUGGCGCAGGAGCAUUCUGGGUCUUUAGUGUUGCAUGGAACUUCCGAGUACGUUCACUUCUGAUGUAUCUCGACGAGGAAAUCUUGCUGCACACUUUCUUGAUCUGUUCGACGUGUAG